CAGCCACAUACGGCUACAGACGGAGCACAAAAGCAGCCCUUUGGCUGCCCUGAAGCUGCGCUCCCCUUGACGCGACCCUUUGCAGAGCGGCAGCAGGAGCAGCAGCGACAGAGAAAUCCCUCCGGGAGCAGCUUCCAAGGAAACUUCCCUUUCGGUCUGGUUCUCAUCUGGGGGGGCCCUGGCAGCACAGCCCCCCCAAACUUAACUUUUCUGAAACACGGCUCUAGCCAACCUGCUUCGCUGCUUCACUUGCGACCGCCUGUGUGGGGGCUGCACAGCACCUGCCCCCCCACCUCGACAGGGCAUUGCUCUCCAGCCUGUCAUGCCCAGCUGUGAGCCGGUACCACCCGCUGCCUGUCUCCCUACAAAGACCUUCCGCAGUUACCUGCCCCGGUGCCACCGGACGUAUAGCUGUGUCCAUUGCCGGGCACACCUAGCCAAGCACGAUGAGCUCAUCUCCAAGUCCUUCCAGGGGAGUCAUGGUCGUGCCUAUCUUUUCAAUUCUGUGGUUAAUGUGGGCUGUGGUCCAGCCGAGCAGCGCCUCUUGCUCACCGGUCUCCAUUCAGUUGCCGACAUUUUCUGUGAAAGCUGCAAGACUACGCUGGGCUGGAAAUAUGAACAAGCCUUCGAGACCAGCCAGAAGUACAAGGAAGGGAAGUACAUUAUUGAGAUGUCACACAUGGUGAAAGACAACGGCUGGGACUGAGGGAGACUCUGGGGGCACACCCUCCCGUGUAGCAUGCCUUGCCCUUUCCUAAUCCCACUGCCAUAUCUGGCAUCCCAGCACAACUAAUCCUGACCCCAUCCCUCCUCCCCACCCAGGUUCCUGCACAGCAUCAGCCAUGGGAGUGGAGAUACCAGGAUCCUUCUCCCAAACUUUCGGUAUGUUCUAAAAUGCUGGAUCCACAGUUUGGAGGAUCCCCAACCCCCACAACAAAAGGGGAAACCCACAGGGUUCAGGGGCCAGUGCUGGUGAUCUUUGAGUGGAUUCUACUUGAUUUAUUUGGGGUAUGCUAGUCCCACUACUAGCACCUCUCGGGUGGAACAAGUUGUGGAAUCCAGAAUGGUAUGCUUGGAAACAGUUUUGAACUUUGCAGUCCAUUGUACAUGAAAAACACAAUCCUUUCUAGAAUGGGACAGAAAAGGGCUGUGGGUAAAGGCAGGCUCUUGGGGAUGGGCCACAGCUCAGUGGUAGAGCACAUGCUUUGAAUGCAGAAGGUCCCAGGUUCAAUCCCUGGAAUCACCAAUCCCCCCCCCACCAAAAAAAGAAGAAAAAGGGGCAGGGGGAGAAAGAAGAAGAAGAAGAAGGGGGGAAAGGGAUUUCACAUGUAGCAGGGCUGGCACAGACUUCUGCUUAAGGCCCUGGGGAACCUGCUAUCAGUCAGUUGAAAAUGAUGGGCUAGAUGGACCAAUGGUCCAACUCAGUACAAAGCAGAUUAAUAUGCUCCUCUUCUUUCUCGGACAGAACUUUAAAAAAAAGAUUGUCAGCCUGUCAGUGUUGGGCAGAGAAGGCUAGAAAGAGAGUAAACAGCUUCUAAGAUGGGACAUAGGUAUCCUGGAGAUAGAGGGCAGAGGAGCAGUCCCUCUCGGCAUGGGGCCAUGGUAGUUCACAUUCCCCGUCACCAUUCCUUUUCCCAAACACUGCCGUGGUAUUUUCCCCAUGUCUACUCUAUGGAGUCUAUUUUUGGUUUUGUUUGGGUCACCGUGUGCUUGUGUUCCCCAGGCACUAUGGCCCCCCACAUCCCUCCCACCCCAUGUGAAGGAAGGGUGGGAGGUCAAGUGGGGAUAAAGCCUCAGCACUGUCACCAGCGCAGGAGUUUUUUUUGUAUAAUAAAGAUGUUUUAUAUUUAAAAAGAGAAGCAAACCAUA